AUGGUUCAAUCCUACGAAACCAGAAAUGGUGUUAGUCGCAAAAGUACCAGUUUUACAGACAAUUUAAAAUCACUGUUUGGAAAACGCAAAAAUCCACCACCCGUAGAUAAUAAUCAGCGGCAUGUUCCUUACGCAAAAGCGCCUAUCGCUGAUCCGGAAGCUAGCGAACCGACGUCACUAGUUAGUAUUAGCGAGGAAAAUAAUAACAACAACAAUAGCAGUAUAAUUCGUCCACCUGACGUGAUAUCGAUUGCGGACGAUUGUGCGAAUCGUUAUGAGAUUAGGAAGCCGACCAAAAGAAAGCUACCGAAGAGGACAGUAGGUCGAUCGGGCGAACAAGGAAAGCCGGUCCGAAGAAAGUCUUUCGGACGACGAAUCAAUAACCUGUGGAAUAAUUUUGGAUUGCUGAGAAGUUCGGAAAAAAUUGUAGAGUUUGCCAGCGGUUAUGCUGCUUUUCAACAUGUCCGGGAAAAUCUGGAAGAUCUCGAUAGAAAAACGGAAGCAAACGAGACUGACCUGGUAUUCUUGCAGGGAAUACUGGAAAAUCCGGCAGUUACUCAAGUGAUUAAGAUCCAGGACAAACUCGAAGAGGUCCUACCACCGCUGAAACCAAUUCGCCUAAAUAACAUUUCACUGAUCCGGGAGGUGGUCGAACGGUGCAGUCUGUCGCGUAAUCCACAUGCCCGCGAAUUAGCUCGAAUAUUCCGAUAUCCACAUUUCCGAGCAUUAAUCGAAUCACACGACGAAAUCGGCGAACUUACGGUUCAGAAACUGCGUAGUCACCCACCGAGUAGCGCUAACGGAGGCAGUACUAGUCCUGCUCAGCUUUCGCCGGGCAGCAGCAGCCACUCCGAAGUCGAUAGUUCGUUCGAUACCGGAAUCACCACGGCCGGAAACGGGAUGCCCGGGGAAACCAUUAAAAUGGUUGGCAUUCGGCGGAACCCGAAUGAACCGUUGGGACUGACGGUGGAGGUGGACGAACACGAUCAACUGGUGGUGGCACGAAUCAUCGCUGGCGGUAUGAUCGAUCGGCAGGGUCUGCUGCACGCGGGCGACGUAAUACUGGAGGUGAACGGUGUACCGGUAGCGACGCCCGAGGAUCUGCAGACCGAAAUUUCCCGCGCAAAGGAGUCCGUCACGUUGAAGAUCGGACCCAGCCUGGAGGAGGAGAUGAAAUCCGCUCGCAUCACGAUGGCCGGUGGACAGGUAAAGAGUGGGAAAAAUUUAGAGACGGGCAAGAAAUUGACGUGUUAUAUGCGUACCCUGUUCGACUACAACCCGACCGAGGACAAUUUGCUGCCAUGCCAGGAAAUUGGUCUACCAUUCCAGCGGGGUGACAUUCUGCAGAUUAUUAAUGUAAAAGAUCCAAACUGGUGGCAGGCGCGCCAUGCCGGCGAGGACGGACCAAUCGGGUUGGUACCUUCGCAGGAACUGGAGGAACGUCGACAGGCCUACGUAGCACCGGAAGCUGACUACGUGCACAAAAUCAGCAUUUGCGGUACAAAGAUCUCCAAGAAGAAACGAAAGACGAUGUACAAAACCAAGCAAAAUGGCGAGUUUGACAAGGCGGAUCUGAUGCUCUAUGAAGAAGUUACCAAAAUGCCUCCAUUCAAGCGAAAAACUUUGGUGCUGAUAGGGGUCGCCGGUGUCGGUAGACGAACGCUCAAGAAUCGUCUGAUCAACAGCGAUCCAGACAAGUUUGGAUCUGUUUUACCUCACACUACUCGUCAACCGAGACCGCUGGAAGAAAGUGGUAAAGCCUACUGGUUUACCGAACGGGAAACUAUGGAACAAGAAAUUAAAGAAAAUCGUUUCUUGGAAUUUGGGGAACACAAUGGAAAUUUGUACGGGACGCAUUUGGAUUCCAUUCGGGAUAUUAUACGACAAGGAAAAAUGUGUGUUCUGGAUUGUGCUCCGUCUGCGUUAAAAACAUUGCACAACAGUGCUGAGUUUAUGCCAUACGUGAUCUUUAUUGCCGCUCCUGGAAUGGAACAAUGGAAGCAGCUACAGGCGGAACGCAGAUCAGCACACGGAUCGAUGAAGAGUUUGCAGUUUGACCGGCAAAGCUCGAUCCGAUUCAGUUCCCGUCGUGCAAAGACAUUGGAAUCGCUGGCAUCACUAUACGAGGACGAAGACCUCAUUUCGGCGGUUGAGGAAAGUGCCUUACUGCAGCGGAAGUACGAUAAAUAUCUAGAUAGAGUAAUCGUCAACGAAGACUUCGAUGUCACAUUCCGGGCAGUGACGGAUGCGCUGGAAGCGCUCAGUCACGAACACCAGUGGGUUCCUGUAAACUGGAUCUACUAGAACAAUUAGUGUACGACAACAAUGGAAUACCUUAUUGCGAAAGAUGUGUUCAUAUCAAGGAAUACGCCAUACGUUUAUGCAUUCGAGUUCGGCGCGAUCACUAGCGGUCGUUUCUCCAACAAUUAUACCACUUUUAAUGUAUUUUCAUAUCGUUGAAUCAUAUGACUAUCUUUAAGAUGAACGAUGCAAUAUUAGCUUCGCAGCCCCCAUGUCGUACUAUCGUUAUAGUAUCAUUACAUUAGUAGUCAUCUAUUUUAGCGGUUAAAAAUAACACAAAGGAAAUGCCUCCAUUAUUAAUUAAAAUAUGUAGUAUUUAAAAACAGCAUAAUAAUGUCAGUGAAAAGUAAUUGUUUCGUCCAUUAGCUUUAGUGUCCAAUAGAGUUUUAUUUCUCAACAUGAAUGUUACUACUAUCUUUGAUUCUAAAUAACGUCGAAUCUCAACAGAAAAUCAAGAGAAUAUCCAUAGGAUAUAAUGAGUUAUAAUGAUUUGAAUGAAUUUAACGUCGGUGAAAGUGUAUGAAAUAAAAAGUUUAUUGAAUAUUUUCCGUGAGUGUUAAGUUCAAAGAGUUGUUUCAAAAACUAUUUGUUGUAGCGUUUAUCCUAAUUUACAGGAAUGGAAUGCGAAAUAUAGAAUAAGUUCGAAAAAAUCGAA